UUCUCAGUCGCUUUGGUGCGUUUCUCAGAUCAGAAUUGAAAUUCUCAUAACUAUUAGUUCAACCUCCACAACACUCAGUCAUUUGUGCACAUCAUAGUAGCAAUUCCUCCCCUCUCUGAACAAACUGCAAAUGAUUUUGGACAUGAAUCAGUUGCUUCCAUACAUUUCCCUGCUGCUUUCUGACAUUUCCAUUUGCUUAUGUCAUGUCAGUCAAAAGUAAUCAUACCUAUGGAUGCUGAAUAGUCGUUCCCAAUAAAACUAAUAGUCAUACAUCCAUUGCUUGAGUCAUCACACACAAAAUUGUUGAACUAGUUAUCACAUGCCAAAUAUUGGCCAUCUGUCAAGCAAAUCCUAUACCUUUCUGUAUCAUUUUUCCUGGAAAUGGCUCCGAAAUUGAACAAUUGAUCUCAGGUGAAUUACAGCUGUCACUUAUGAGGAGGCGUGUGAAAGUUCAGUUGUAACCAAUGACAAACAACUUGUUCACUGUCAAUUAUGGAUGAAUCCUGUGAAUCCCCAAUUGGCAAGCAUAUAUAAACUGCGCAGGAGCUAGUGUGUACCAUUUCUACACUUCUGUGACACAAAAUGGAAGGUCAGCACCGUGGAAGAGGGGUGAGGAUGCGGGGAGGAAGGGGAAGGGGAAGAGGGAGAAGAGGCAGAUAUAGGCGGAUUCCUAAUGAAAUAAGGGCUACAAUUGUGGACCAUGUUGUCAAUCACGGCCUCACCAUGGAGGAGGCUGGUCGAAGGGUGCAACCCAAUAUUGGAAGAACUACUGUCAGUUCAAUCAUUCAAACAUUCCGUAGGGAAAACAGGAUUGAAAGACAACCUCGCGGAGGCGGAAGAGGGCCCCUUUUUACCCCACAGCAAGAAGAAGCCAUUUGUGCAAUGGUCAUUGCAAACAAUGCAAUAAAGCUGAGAGAAAUACAAAGCGCUGUCAUAGAGAAUCACACAGUAUUUGGCAAUAUUGAAUCUGUUUCAAUUUCAACAAUUGACAGAGUACUCAAGAAGAAUGAAAUCCACAUGAAGCAAUUGUAUAAAGUGCCAUUUGAACGAAACAGUGACAGGGUGAAGGAGAUCCGUCACCAGUAUGUGCAGCGUGUACUGGAGCUGGAAGCCAGGGAAACACUGCACACAUUCAUAUAUGUUGAUGAGGCAGGUUUCAAUCUGGCCAAAGGCAGAAGGCGUGGAAGGAAUCGCAUUGGACAGAGGGCAACCACUGAAGUUCAUGGUCAGCGCGGAGGGAAAAUUACCAUGUGUGCAGCCAUCUCAGACAACGGCGUCCUCACCCAUAUCCCCCUUCUUGGUCCAUACAAUACCCAACAUCUCCUGACAUUUUUAGACACUCUUUACAGGGACCUAGUCCCUGAGAAUGCGAGAGGUGGAGGCCAACUCAGCAAGUAUGUUGUUGUCUGGGAUAAUGUCCGUUUUCACCACUCCCAUCAGGUCAGAGAGUGGUUUGCAGCACAUGACAGAAUUCUGGUUGAAUAUCUCCCUCCAUAUUCCCCAUUCCUUAAUCCAAUAGAGGAGUUUUUCUCUGCCUGGAGGUGGAAAGUUUAUGACCGGCAUCCACAUGAGCAAAUGGCCCUGCUAGCAGCCAUGGAUGCAGCAUGUGACGACAUCACAGCAGGGUCCUGCAGAGGAUGGAUUCGCCACUCCAGGAGAUACUUUCCUCGCUGCAUUGCGAGGGAUAACAUCUGUUGUGAUGUUGAUGAAAAUAUGUGGCCAGACAGACAGGAACGUCUGGAUGUGCCAGAAUGAUUUACUGUACUGUUACAUGUGCUGUUUAUUGUUCACAUUAGUGCACAGCUCUACCAAAUGGGUGAUUUUAUGUUUACAUGUAUUCUACAGUGAACAAGUGACUGUAGCAUAUUUUUCUUUUGCACAAUUCUGUAGGAUUACAAACACUUCUACACAAUGGAAAUGUGAAACGUACGUAUUCAGUGUCUCAGUUACUCCCAAGA